AUCAAUUUUCUUAUAAUAGUCGGCGAUAAUUUUCGACAAUACAUUCAAUAUAUAACAAAGGUUAUUAUUAACGGUAAUUUCAAGUACGAGUAUUGUCUCGCACUCUUUAAUGGUCUUAUCUCGACCUUUCGCACUCGGGGAAAAUAAACUUGACUCUCAAACGAGAUAAUUUCAAAACGAACGUUAACGGUCAUAAAUUUAGACGGAGAUUUCGCGAUAUAUACUGUUCUUGCCGAGCAGAUUUCACAUAUUCGGUACCUUUUGCUCACAAAGAAAGUUCUCGCGCAAAUCCCGAUUUUCUUUACGUUAAACGGAACGGCCGGAAUUUCAUCACGCUGAGACUCACAAUUCGGUACGAAACGUAACGGUAGAACGAAAGACGGUACGAAAACGGUACGGAACGAUACUAUACGGUACGGUACGAGAUAUACAGUACGAUAAGCGACUGUCGGCAUGAACCCCCUGAGAGGGAUAAAUCCGCGACACCCGGUGUCAGCUAGCGUCCGGUAACUAAACGCGAAAAAAUCACACAGGCUUUCUGUAAUACAACGGUACGAUAAUUGUCGCCCUGCGACGAUAUACAGAAUUUUGUGUGACGCCAGCUGCUCCCGGGAGAAAAUCGUGUGGCUACCUGUGCGGCGGCUUACAAUUCUUUGGUGGCGGCUUCCUCGUUGGGUCGUCUCCUCUCGGUUCGCAGAACUAACUGCACUCUAUUAAGACUCACCGAACAGUGACAGUAACGGAAUGGGUCCGCGAGACCCUCGAGUUCCGCGCUGAUUUUUUGCGCAUCUCGUCGAUUUUCGCCAAAAAGGAGGUCGUUUCUCCGCCCCCUUCAAAAUUGGAGUUACUUGACGGAGUUGCCCUUACAUAGGGAUCCAGAAUCGAAGAUGACGGUAUCUCAGCGGUAUUGACUUCUCAGCUCGGACUCGGCAGGCUGGCCAGGCAGCUGUCCUUAUCCGUUUUCGGAAAUACUUCCUUCUCCCAGUCUGCAGCCUGGGGGUGGUUGUCCGUCAGGAUUCUCUGCCGUCAUUAUUCUGAAAAUUUUCGGGAUUAAUAUUGCUCCGAUGUACGACUAGCGGCGACGCGGGAUCUCGAUACAUGACCUGUUUUGCGGGAGCCUCGGUCCAUUCUUCGUCUCUUCUUUGCGAUAUCUUCGGGAUCUCCAUACACAUUGCGGUAUCGCACGCUCGCACAGGUCGCCGCACUCUACGCACGAACCUUAAAUCUAUGCUAAAAUAAAUCUUAACAGAAUUUUAUAGUUCCCCCUCAGGCGCGAGAGACGACCGCGCUCGCUUUCUUCCCUCGACAGAGUCACUGUGAUGGAGCUCAAAAGCGUCACGUCACAGAUGGAUGUUAAUGACUUGGAUUUAGUAUCUUGUAUUGAUACUAAAUGCUUGUGGAAAAUGCCACAUGCAAAGUCAAUCGAAAAAUACACACCAAGCCCAUUAUGUGAACACAAAUGUUUAAAUGAAAAAUUAAAAAAGGAAUACAAUCCAAUAUUAACGAAAGAACAAAGAGAAGAAAUAAAUAAACUUCUAAUUAUUAAGAACCAGAACUCAGCUUUGUACAAGCAUAUAUUUGGAAGACAUGAACCUGUAAUCUCAGAAGAGAAUAAUAAUACUUUAGAUAUAAUUAAUACUAAUGAACUAGAAGCUAUUUUAAGUGUGCAACCGUCAAAUUCAAUGUUAAAUUUGUCAAGAAUUCCUCCAAAUCAACUAGAAAAAGAGUAUUGUGUACGAUUUUUAAAUUUAUUAAAAGUAAACACUAAAGCAGUUUGUGAAGAAACUUUCAAGAAUAAAGCAUCAUGGAAGAAGAAAAGGCAGUUUCGAAUAACAGGCUCAAGAUAUUAUGCCUUAUACACAUAUACAAAAAAUAAGACACCAAAUUGGGAGCAAAAAUCACAGCAAUAUCUUUACCCAAAAGUAUUUAAAAAAACAGCGGCUAUAAAGCACGACAUUAAAUAUGAACCAUCAGCAAGAACUGUCUAUGAAGAUUACACCGGCAUUACAGUUAAACAAAUAGGCCUUGUUGUACCAGAAAUAAAUCCUUGGCUAGGAUAUAGCCCAGAUGGUAUAAUUUUAGAUGAGAAUGGAAAACCUAACAAAUUAAUAGAAAUUAAGUGUCCAUUCGCUGGCAAAUUAAAAGAAAAAACCAACUAUUUUGCACAGAUUCAGCUCGGAAUGGUAAUCUUGAAUGUACAAAGAACCGACUUUAUUAUAUACGCGUCUUUUGACAAUAGUUUCUUUAUUCUAACAGUUGAAUUUAAUCAUGAAUUUACAGAUUAUAUGUUAAAAUCUUUAAAAAAUGUUUACUACACAAUGUAAUGUUGCAUCACAUUUGUAUUAA